ACAUCCAAUAGCCGUGGCCAUUAUUGCUCGGCGUCCCGCUUCCAGCCGUCGAGCGUAGUGUGGCCGUUACGGUGUCUGUUUCCGUUUUGUGGCUUUUGUUAAGUCAAAUCCUUUCUUAUCCGGUCCGGAAACAUUCUGCCAUCAAGGGGUGAGACGCAAAGGUGAUCGCAGUCAGUUAACUGUGAGCGGUAUUGUAUGUGCACAUCAUGCCGGAGUUUCUCGAAGACCCGUCCGUCCUGACGAAAGAUAAGCUGAAGACCGAGCUGGUGGCGAACAAUGUUAGCCUGCCUUCUGGAGAGCAACGUAAGGAUGUAUACGUUCAGCUUUACCUCAAGCACCUAACCUCCAGGAACCGAGGGACCCCUGACUUCUCUAGUGAUGAGGAGAGAGAGGCUACUCCGAUUCGUGGUCGGGGUCGCCCGUCAGGACGGAAAGCAACCAAGAAAACAGACAAGCCCAGAUCAGAAGAAAAGGAUGAAAUGGAUGUAACAGAGCUUAGCAAUGAAGCUCUCAAAGAAGAACUUAUUAAGUAUGGGAUGAAACCUGGCCCAAUUGUAGGAAAUACAAGGAGAGUUUAUGAGCAAAGACUUCUUAAGCUUAAGGAGCAAGGGAGUAUUCUACCUCCGGCACCUUUAGCAGUGGAUUCAUCAUCUGCAGAUAACAACCAAAACGGAAAUACUGAUUCUGAACAUUACAGUGAUAAUGAAGAUGAGCCAAAGACAGAACUAACAUUUGAAAAGAGAGAGCCCAUUAGGGGGACAAAUAAGGGUCAACCAACACUCCGGAGCAGGAGAAAAGAACAAAAUGAGACAGCUGGAGAUACAGAUGUCAUUCCGGUUCUAAAUGUUAAAAGAAGUAACAGGUCUCCCCCCUUGGAGUUUACUCCUGAUGUAGAAGAAUUAUUCAGCAGUGACUUUAACAUGUCUGAAGAUACUGUUACUGAACCAGCUUGGACACCAGGGCCUACAAAAAGUGGACGUCUUCAGACAAUCACUAAAGAAUCCUCGAGAGUAUCACGGCGAACACCAAGGAAAAGGGAUAUAGAUUCAGAAUCUGUUUCUUUUGAUGAUGAUAAAUCCGAGACUGCUUCGAAAACUGAAACCAUAGCACCUUCAAGCAACCAAAUUCCAGCUUAUGAGCAUUUUGAAACCCGACAGGUUCACAAUCAGGUACCUGAGAUUUCCAAGCAUUCAGAGACAUUUCUGUCAGUCAGUGAAUAUCCUGAGUUGUCAAGAAGGACCCCAAAGAAACAGCUGAUAAGUGAAAAAAGCACGAAAGUGUCACAGGAGACGGAAGCAGGUUCUCUUCAUAAAAGGGUCAUUGAUGUUGAUAUUAUUGGGUAUACAAACUCCAGUGAUCUCCUGAAUACAGCUUUGAUAGAGGAAACUAAGGAUACACUGGAAGACCCUAUGGACACACCAAAAAAGACAAGGCAGUUGAAAAUAACAAAGUUUGUAACUCCCAUUAAAAAACAGGUUGUGGAAAAAACAUAUGGUGGUGAGAGAGUGGAAAAGGAUAUUCUUAAGGAAAUGUUCCCCUAUGAAGUUUCAACUCCAACAGGCAUCAGUGCCAGCUGUAGGAGGCCAAUAAAAGGAGCGGCAGGCCGGCCAUUAAAUCCCAAAGAUUUCAAACUGGAAGAAAGAUAUACAACUAAAUAUGUCUCUAAGUACAUGCCAGCUGUGGAAGUGAAGCCUGCGAAUCUGAAACGUGGAUGGACCAUUCCAAUGUGGAUAAAAAUUCUGCUGUUUGUUUCUGUGGCUGUAUUUUUAUUUCUAGUUUAUCAAGCUAUGGAAACAAGUGAAGUGAAUCCUUUUUCUGUCUUCCUCCAGGGUACCCCAGAACUAAAUGGAAAUUAAAAUUGACUUCAUGAUAAAUAUACAGUUUAUAUUUUUUAACAAUAGGAUUAUAAAAAACUGCCAUUUGUCUCAAGUGUUUGAAAAGUAAUUGCACUUCAAGUUGUAUAUGAAUAAAGAUGGUACAUAAGGACAUCUGCAAUUCAUUCUUUGCUCUGGACUGCUAGAAGAAGACUGGGUGCCAUAAUCCACUAUUUUUAUUAGAUGAGACUGGGACAUUUUGUAGCAUUAUCUCUAUCAAGGACUUUUGUUUCAAUAUGACGUUGUUUUCAAUAUUGAGAGAAGUAAAUGUGAACCCUAUUUCUUACACUUUCUGAGUGACUGGAAAUGCGUCAACUCAAGCUAUUUUGACUUUUGUGGUGGGAGGGGGCCUGGGCAAGCUUAUAAAAUGGUGAAGGGAAAAUAACUUUGAUAUAACUGUGCAGCAUAGCUUCAUAUAUCAAUGCUUUUUAAAACAUUUGCAAUGUCUUUAGAAGACUAACAUUUUAGUAUGUUAAUGUCUUGUAUUUAUCUAAGAAUCCUGCAGCAAUGGUUUAACAGAGAAUCAUGUCAGUUUGACAAUUUUUAAGAGGCAAUGUUGGCUUUUUGUAUCAUGUAGUAUAAGCUUAAAUUUGGCUUAAAUUUUUUAGCGAUACUGUGCGGAAAUUAAAACGAAAAAAAUUCAAAAAAAAAGGUGGGGCAAAUUGCUUAAUAUUUUGUAUGCUUUUUUCUGAUCUUUCAUUUUGAAACAGAAUGGGUGAAAAGUGGUAGCCUACUCAUAUUGUUGUGCCUGAAAGCAUUUUUAAAAAAUAAUGUUGCAGGAAUCACUUGCUGUAUUUUUAAUGUUUCACUUAAUUUAGUAAAUCUAUUUUUAGACAUUGCUUCAGAACAGUGUAUUUUUAGAAAGUACUGUUUUGUGUGUAACUGCGGCAGAAUCUAAACCAGGAUGCUGGCUAUACUUCUCAGAGAUUGACUUAAUAAAAAAGUGUAAGUUUCAAA